AUGAACUGGUUCAACGGCGACGGGGGUGGACAAUCCCGUGCUCCGGACCCCUCCUCACCUACAAACUCUCCUUGCCAAUGCCUUCAAUGCGAGAACCAACACUUGCGCGCCCAGGUUCAGGGUUUCGAACGCGCCCUCGCCGCUAAACAAGACCAGAUGGACAAGAUGACCGCCCUCCUCGAGGCACGCACCGUCGAUCUCCAAGCUGCCCGGGUGUUCCUCCACAGAGCGGACAAUAUCGCCGACAGCGACGUCAUCCCACUCGUAGCCACGCUCAAUGCACUCGCGUAUCAGACUGCCGCGGCAAUUGCGGACGCACAUCAGGACCGUCGUGCGGGGGAGAAGGACGGAGUUGCCCAGGCGUGCGAAACCCUAGUGAAGGGAGGUCUACUCUCGAAGACCUUCGUCGACACGCUGCGCCGGGCAAAACAUGAUGGCGAACCCUUCCUCGUCCAAGUCGGCAUACAAGCCAUCAUGGUCGCAUAUGCUCACAGGCUCUCCCUCGCCUGGGACUUGUGGGAUAGGGGGACGCAGAAGGCUUACGAGGAAGUAUACCAGAGCAUAAGAGCCCAUGAGCCACAACCCAUUUCCGCGCAAUGGCGCAUCCUCUGCCGCACCCAUAUUCGCGCGCUCCGGAAGCCCGAGGACCGGCUGUGCCAAAGGAAUGAGGAAGAGCUCACCACGCAACUCGCGAUCGUCCUCCGCGCUUGCGGAGUCUCCGAUUCCACCGAAGAACUUCACAGGGAGCUUCAAGCCGCUCACGCGGGCGCGCUGCGCGACUUCAUCCGGACCGCGUUCGACUUCCGACGAGUGGUGGGUGAGGAGGUAGUCUCGCGACACAUGUCGUUGGUCUCCGUCACUCACGGGAAGGACUUUGACUAUAAAGAAAUGACGGACGACUGGGCGGAUCUGAGGAAGAGGGCGAGAGAGGAGCAGGAAGUUGGGAGGCAGACUGUGCUAUGCACCACGUCUUUGGGGCUGCUGCGCGAGAUUGAGGAUGGUGCGAAGGGGCGAAACGCAAGACGCGUAGUAUUGCUUGUGAAGCCCAAGGUAGUUUUGGAAUCCAUGCUUGCGAGCUUGUAG